AUGCAUCCGACCACACUGAAACUUGACACCCAACGUCGUCUCUCCAACCACUCCCUCCCUGACUCCUCCCCCGCCGAACGUACCGGCCCAAGCCCAGCAAAACUCCGUCGACGAGCCUCGCAAGGAUCCCUCCGCACCAAACCCUCCCCGGUCUCUCGGUUCCUCUCCAAGGGCAGUGUCGCGGUACAUUUCCCUUCCUGGGAACACCGCAGUUCUUCGCCGGGCUCGCCGCUCCGGGUCGAGUCGCGAACCCGGUCUGUAGACUCUCGUCUUCGUCUGUCCACCACGGUGUCUCGCGGGCCGAGACCCUUGACGGCGCAUUCGAACUCAUCUACCUCUACCUCUUUCUGGAACUCUUCUCCUUCCUCCUUCCAGUCCGACUACCCUUCUGUUCUGCCCCUCACACCACCGGACGACGAUAGCCACGUCGCCUGGAACCCAAAGUCCGAGAUGAUGCUCUUUGGUACCAAUACCCACCAGGAGCCGAGCUCCGAUACCCUCAGUAGUCCGUCUGACGGCCUGUCGAAUGGCUCUUCUAGCGCCGGGGGCAGCCCAGGCCCUCAGGACGAGAUGGACUGCCAACAAGAUAUGGGAUCGUGGCUAGACCAGGGCAUCAACGUGACUGUGUCCUCCUUGGGAACAUCAAAUCCGCGAGGUGAGGCCGUCAAGAUCGUCUCACAGACUCUUCCAUACCCGAGGACUUCAGAUCAGUCGAUUUCGCUGCCGAGAAAUGAUACUAUCUUCUGCUCUAUCGUCCAGGCUGUCCACAGCCAUCUGCAGCCUGGCCACUCGCCUUACAUUAAUGUCACACACGCAGUGCCCGAACAGUUCAGUCUGUCCAACCUGCCACAUUCUCCUCCAAGCACUCCUCGCUCUCCAACCGCUGCCGAUGACUAUUUCAACGCCACUGUUUUCUCCAGCGCCGCAGUGGUGGGUGCGUACCACGAUUUUCGUGGCCCUCUUCAGCGGCAACUUGCACAUGCUCCGAUGCACAUCGUCCCCCCUCACAGUGUUCAUAUUUCCGUGCUAGAGCGAUAUCUCCCCCCGCCUUCCGCUCAGGAAUAUAGAGAUCUGUUUUGCCCUACCCGUCCGUCGUUCCUUGUGGACCGACUCAGCGAGCUAUCUCCAAACGGAGGCUCGCUUCUCUUCAUCUACCCCACCAAGAAGGGUGCCUCCACAUUCAAGUCCCAAUAUCUGGGACCCAUUCUCGACCCUCUCCUGCGACAAUUAGUCGUAGUGAACGGCUUGUCUGCUGACGUCGGUCGCUAUUUGGGCAAGCUAUCCACAGUAUCCCAAAUGGAUGACUUUGCCACGAUGAAGGCAAACAUUGCCACACUCUGCGAGUCUCUAAGCUCCUCAUCGUCACAGUUCCAGGUGGCUGAUGCCGGUCGUGCCAAUGCCGAUCUGGACCGCAAUCUGUGGGUGGAGUGGUUCAUUCACCAAGAGAAGGCCCGGAUGAAGGAAGUUCUCAACCUCUAUUGGCAGAACGGCCGCCGGCCUCCCGCGAACAAGACCAUGUCCAACGGUGGCUCGGGGCACAUGUCUGACAAGGACAUCUCGUCUUCCAUGCUCCUCGGCGAGAUCUUUGAAGGCAUUCGCAAGCGGCCUUAUGGCGAGGACAGCGAGCCUCACGAAGGGGUUGAGCUGGGUGUGUUCGUUAUCCGACGAACCAACUGA